UUGAAGAUUCCGCCGUCAAACAUGUUACCCAGUUCUGCUCAGUCUCCGGACUGGCUUUACUCCGAGCCGCUGCUGUUCGACGAGGACUUCUGCCAGACUCUGAUGAAAGACCUCCAGUCCCUGCCCACCCCCCCGCAGUCCCCCCCCAUGAAGGCCGGGCUGGGCGAGGGCAAGCCGCUCUCCCAGGAGGACCAGCUGAGCUACGUGUCGGACAUCCUGCUGGAGGACCAGGACAUGCAGCAUCUGGGCUGGACGUCCGACUUCUUCCACUCGAAGGAGGAGGAUGAGGAAGAGGGGGAGGUUGAGGGGGGGGCCGGGGGGGAGGACUGCCUGUGGCAGUGCCUGGUGACGGACCGCAGCCUGGAGGAGAAGCUGGUCUCCUCCAUGCUGGGCUGCAGCCCCCUGCUGUCCGACAUCGACACCAGCAUCUUCGAGGAGAUCGCCGGCUCCACGCUGGACUGCCAGAACCUGCUGGCCGCCGCCGCCGCGCAGGACGCCGGCGAGGCCACGUCCGACUACGGCUCCACCGGGGGCGAGAUGUCCACAUACUCGUCCAGCGACUCCGAGGAGGAGAUUGACGUGGUGACGGUGGUGCGGUGCCCCUCCCGCCUCUCGCCCUCGCCGUCCGACUCCUCGUCGGCACGGAAACGGCGCCAGCAGCAGCUGGAGGAGGAGCAGCGCGCCCUGCAGCGCCACAGCUUCGAGAUCCAGCUGCAGCACAACUACGCCGCGCCCUGCCCCGCCUCGCCGCCACCCCCCCCCCUCCUCCAAACGCUCGCGGGGGGGCGAACCCCGCCCGCACCACGCCUCCCGCAGCUCCUCCUGCUCCUCGUCCUCCUCCUCCUCGCGACGGAGGACGAGGAGGAGCGGCGCCGGACUCACAACGUGAUGGAGCGCCAGCGCCGCAACGAGCUGAAGAACUGCUUCGUGCGGCUGCGCGACAACGUGCCCGAGCUGUCGCACAACGACAAGGCCUCCAAGGUGGUCAUCCUCAAGAAGGCCCGGGACUGCAUCUACGGCCUGGAGGGCGAGGGCCACCGGCUGCAGAGCCGCAGGGACAAGCUGAGGGCCAAGCAGCAGGAGCUCAGGGCCCGGCUGGAGGCGCUGCGCAGCUAG